AUGCCCUUUGCACAGCUAGUCAUAGGCCCUCCUGGCGCAGGUAAAUCUACCUAUUGCAAUGGCAUGCACCAGUUUCUUGGUGCAAUUGGCAGAAAGUGCUCGAUCGUGAAUCUUGACCCCGCCAAUGACAAGACCUCAUACCCAUGCGCGGUGGAUGUGCGCAAUCUAGUGACUUUGGAGGAGGUUAUGGAUGAGGAAAAGCUAGGUCCUAAUGGAGCUACUCUAUAUGCACUUGAAGAGCUCGAGGAGAAUUAUGAGUGGUUAGAGGAUGAGUUGAAAGGGCUUGGUGAAGAUUAUGUCCUUUUUGACUGUCCUGGUCAAGUCGAGCUAUUCACAAAUCACGACUCAUUGCGAAAUAUCUUUUUCAAGAUCCAAAAGCUGGGCUAUCGGCUGAUAGUUGUUAACCUUGUCGACUCUUACGCACUCACUCUCCCCUCAAUGUACAUAUCCGCCCUCCUCCUCUCCCUUCGCGCCAUGCUCCAACUAGAUCUCCCGCACCUGAACGUUCUCACCAAAAUCGACAAUCUCUCCAACUAUAAUGAUCUCCCCUUCAACCUUGACUACUACACGGAAGUCCAAGACCUCUCCUACCUCCUGCCACAUCUCGAAGCCGAGUCAUCACGCCUGGCAAACGGCAAAUUUACCGCUCUAAACAGUGCCAUCGUGGACUUGGUCGAGGAGUUUGGGCUCGUCGCAUUCGAGACAUUGGCCGUUGAGGAUAAGCGAAGCAUGAUGACUCUUCUACAGUCUAUUGACCGAGCCUCGGGCUAUGCAUUUGGCUCGGCUGAGGGCGCCAACGAUACCAUCUGGCAGGUUGCUGUGCGAGAAGGAAUGAGUGGGAUGGAUAUCAAAGACGUGCAGGAACGUUGGUUGGAUUCAAAAGAAGAAUACGACAAAUUGGAACACGAGCAGCUGGUCGCCGAAGCAAAUAUGCGUGAUGAGGCAAACGAAGCUGCGAGUGCUGCAGAGGCCACCAUAUAUGGCGACGAAAUGGAUGAUCUUGAGGAUGACGAAGAGCUGGCACGGUGGAAGGGUGCACAGCCAGAUAGCGGCGUUAAAGUGCGACGAAAAGGACAGGCAUAA